AAAUGAUAACUUGAUGGAUUGCAAUUUGCGUGAAGUAGGUGGGAGUGGCAGCUAUCUCUCCGACUGAGGGGAGUGUGAGUCAUCACUUUUUUGAGAUUUUGGCCGCCAAAUAAAACACCAAACACCAAACGAAAACAAAUUCCGUUGUCUCUGUCGUAUUUUAAUUCGCAGAUCUCGCUCACCUUCCAUUCCUCCUUCUCUGCUUCUGUGAUUCGGAAGCAAAAUCAUGUUUUUGGCGAGACCCAUUUUCCGAGGACCCAUUUCCCUUUGGGCGUUGCACUCUUCUUCUUCCUACGCAUAUUCCUCAGCAGCCGCUAUUCAAGCUGAGAGAACCAUCAAAGAAGGCCCCAGAAACGAUUGGACCCGAGACCAAGUUAAAUCAAUCUACGACUCUCCCAUUCUCGAUCUUCUCUUCCAUGGGGCUCAAGUUCAUAGACAUGCUCAUAACUUUAGGGAAGUGCAGCAGUGUACUCUUCUGUCUAUCAAAACAGGAGGGUGCAGUGAAGAUUGUUCCUAUUGUCCUCAAUCCUCUAAGUAUGACACGGGAAUCAAAGGCCAGCGCCUUAUGAACAAGGAAGCUGUUCUCGGGGCUGCAAAGAAGGCAAAAGAAGCUGGGAGCACUCGCUUUUGUAUGGGUGCUGCGUGGAGGGAUACUCUAGGAAGAAAGAGCAACUUCAACCAGAUCCUUGAAUAUGUGAAAGACAUAAGGGAUAUGGGGAUGGAGGUUUGUUGCACCCUUGGCAUGCUGGAGAAACAGCAGGCUGUUGAACUCAAGAAGGCAGGUUUCACUGCCUAUAAUCACAAUCUUGACACUUCUAGGGAAUAUUAUCCAAACAUCAUCACAACAAGGAGUUAUGAUGAGCGCCUGAAAACCCUUGAGUUUGUUCGUGAUGCAGGCAUCAAUGUUUGUUCUGGAGGAAUUAUAGGGCUUGGAGAAGCAGAGGAGGACCGUGUAGGUUUGUUACAUACAUUGUCAACACUUCCCACCCAUCCAGAGAGUGUUCCUAUUAAUGCACUUGUUGCUGUAAAGGGAACCCCUCUUGAGGAUCAGAAGCCUGUUGAAAUAUGGGAGAUGAUUCGCAUGAUAGCCACAGCACGUAUCAUAAUGCCAAAAGCAAUGGUCAGGUUAUCAGCUGGCAGAGUUCGGUUCUCCGUACCCGAGCAGGCACUGUGCUUUCUUGCUGGGGCAAAUUCUAUAUUCACUGGUGAAAAGCUUCUCACUACUCCUAACAACGAUUUUGAUGCUGAUCAAAACAUGUUUAAAAUUCUUGGACUUCUCCCAAAAGCUCCAAGCUUACAAGAAGGUGAAACUAGUGAAACAGAAGAUUACAAAGAAGCUGCUUCUUCUAGUUGAGUUGGUCAACGGUUUCAAAAAAAUAUCCGUCAUCCUUCAACUUCUGUAAUUGCAAGUUAGCAUGCAUUUAUGUUAGGUUUUAUUGAAUUCUCUAUUCUCAGCUUUGAAGUCAUAAACUCCAAAAAUUAGCAUAAAUAUUGGAAAUAUUUAUUUUGGAAUAACUAGGUUUUUUUCAAGCUUAA